CUAGUGCUAAUUUCUGCUAGCCUUGUGAACCUGCUCACUGAGGAGACUACAAUAUUAAAGGAUUACACUUUGAGUUCACUGAUGGAUGACUUUGGUGAGAUUAAAUGGGACAUGGAAAGCUUCCUUGACGGGCUUGAUGACUUAUAUUUGAACUACUCUGAUUAUGAUUACAAUCGUUGGAAGGGCGACCUAGAAGACGGCAUACAUUUUGAGGCGAUUUUCAUCCCAGUUCUGUACUCUGUGGCAUUUGUUGUGGGUGUCCUGGGUAACGGAGUGCUGCUGGUAGUUCUGGUUCAGAGAAGGAGGACCUGGAGUGUGACAGACACCUUCAUUCUCCAUCUGGGUGUGGCAGAUGUCCUGCUGCUGGUGACGCUACCCCUCUGGGCUGCACGGUCCGCUCAAGAUAGAGGAUGGACCUUUGGCACUCCUCUCUGUAAGAUCACUGGAGCUGUUUUUACGAUCAGUUUCUACUGUGGGAUCUUUCUGCAGGCCUGCAUCAGUCUGGACCGGUACCUGUCUAUCGUCCACGCCACCCAGAUGUAUUCCCGCAGAAAGCCCUGGGUCGUUAAGGUCAGCUGCUUGGCAGUGUGGCUCUUCUCCCUGCUCCUCUCGAUCCCAGACUGGAUCUUUUUGGACACUGUGGUGGAUGUUAGACAACAAAAAACAGAGUGCGUUCCCAACUACUUUGACUUCAACUCUGAGUCAGUAAAGUACUGGAGACUGGCAUCACGCCUGCUUUACCACACGGUGGGCUUCCUGCUGCCUUCAGCCGUCCUGAUCUUCUGCUAUUCCUGCAUCCUGCUUCGGCUGCGGCGCGGCUCCCAGGGCCUCCAAAAGCAGAACGAUUUUAAGGUCAUUGUGGCCGUGGUGGUGGUUUUCUUUCUCGGCUGGACGCCAUACAACAUCACACUCAUGGUGGACACACUUCAUUCCAACAACACCAGCGGGGACUGCGAAGUCAGAACAUUUCUGGAGAAAGCCAAGAUAGUCACCCUCUCCAUCGGUUACCUCCACUGCAGCCUCAAUCCCAUCCUGUAUGCCUUUGUGGGUGUGAAGUUCCGGCGUCAGCUCCUGGACAUCCUGAGGUCUCUGGGCUGCAAGCUAAAUUCUAAUGAACCCUAACCCUAAUGAAUCCCAAUUCUCCCCCUUACCCCUUCCCCUUUGUCUUACCCCUAGCCCUUGUCCCUCGAACCAAGUGGCAAGGUCUAGGGGUGAAAACGUACCCCUAUGAAAUGGGACACAACUUGGUUAUGGUUAUGUCACCUUACAGUAUUGAUCACAAACUUCCAAGAUGCCGUCUACAAGUGUGUGUAUGUCUAUUGCAUGGGUUUUGACAAGUGUCAUAUGCAUGUAUAUAUUUUAUAGUUCUUUUAUGUUCACUUUGGUGGUGAAG